UUGUUGUCAAUAUGGCGGACAUGGAUACCCACUGCAAGAAAUAGAGAAGUUUAAAACAAAUUUAGUAUUUUGAAGGGAUGUGAAGGAUUUGUAAAUUGUGACGCAUGUACAUCAGAUAACUUUUCAAUUUUGUAUAUUUGACUACAGUAUAUUUGCAAGAAUGCCUGUGUAUAUUCGUAAAACGAUGGUGAUUUCUCCACCGUCUAUUCUCAGCCGAAUGUCAGAUGAUGAAGAUGAUUACCUGACAGAUCCUGAUCAGAUACGGGAUUUAUUGCCUCAGCCUUAUAGAAUGAUAAAUAAGAUCAUCUAUAACCUUUUUGAUGAUAUAUGGGAGAUUAUAUCUGAAAGGGAAAAUGCUAGGAUCGCAGAGGCAUCUCGGAUUAAACCCCCAAAAUAUGAAUGUGCAAUUCAAAUGCAGCCAUUUGGCCAAGCCACUUGUCUCAGUGACAGUAUAGAUGGACGGUACAUUUUUAUUGGUCUCCCUAAUGGUCUAGCUGCAGUUGAUGCAAUGACACAACAGACAGUUACAACCUGGGAAGAUGACAAGAUAGAAGUGACACAAAUGCAGGUGUCGCUGAUUGGAGUACAGACAUAUUUGCUUUGCACAGUAGAUGACAUGGGUGUCAGUAGGUUUUUUGCCUUUGCUCAAGAUAGAAUACACCUUCUUAAAGUGGCUAGUGAGCAAAGUGGAAGUGGAAGUAAGACCAUAAUAACAAAAUGUCAGGCUUCUACUGAGGGAGACUUUGUUGGAAUAGUUUUUGAAGAUACAAGCAAUAAGGAAACAUGGAUUGAAGUUCAAAAACUACCUAGGGAUGACUGGCUUAGAGAGCUUGAAGCUACAUCAAAGAAGUCUACAUCACAAACAAAGCCACAAAGUCCUGCACCACUGGGAGAUGACAGUGAUGCUCCAGCAGAUGGAGAACAGUUACCUGGGGAGGAAAAAAUGAUAGAUGCAGAAGAUGCUGAGAAAGAAGAAAAACAAUCUGUUGGACAGAGGAGUCAGAGUCCAACAUCAUCAAGAGGGGCAAUGUCACCAGUACCCCCUGGUGGUGGAGGGAGCUCAGAAAAAAUGCAUACAAAGUUCUCUACUCCUACAUUAGUUGUAAAAAUUAAACCACCAGCUGAUAUCACAGGCUGCAAUGCUAGCACUCCUCAGCAGGCCACAAAGUUAACGGAUACUGGGGAAGUUAUAGGCAGUGGUUCUAACCACUCCCUUACAGCUCACCAUCUGGAAAAUAGAAAGGCAGUGUUUGACUAUUUCCAUGAGCAGCACCUGAGAUAUUUACCAAAGGAGGAAGAGAGUGCUCAGCAACCCAUGUUUCAUUUUUUCACUGCUGGUCGACUUUUACCAACUGGUUUAGAUAUGCCUGGCCAGGAGGGCCGUCCCUCUUCUAUUGGUGUAUGGUGGGUAGGAGGAACACAGGUCUUUUAUUACUCAUUGGUUAAAGCCAGUAAAGGUAAUUUAAAACUGUAAUACUUUUUCAUAUUGAAAAAUAUCUUAAAAGAAUGUUGCAUAAAUUGAAUAUUGUAAAUAUGGUUAGAAUUACAUUUGCAGAAUAUUUAAUAUUUUUAAAAUAAGUUUUGUUAUAUCUUCUCACCAAUGAGCAAUUGCUGUUAAUA